UCAAAUCAAUCAUCACCUUCAUUACAUUAUUCCCACUUGGCUAUGCCUAGAGUUUGAUCAAAUUUGGCUAGAAAAAAGUGUUCAAGAAUUUAAUCUUUUCUUUAUUUUCUCUCUAUGCAUAUUGCUCCACAUAGUUCAAUGGCUAUGGAGGGAGAGCUACAACCAUCACAAGUUCAACUCAGGGUAAACUCUAGGCAGUGGAGGAAAGUGGUAAAUGUACAUUCAAUGGAGAUAGACCCAUCUUUCACUUCAAAAGUUGAACACAGGGAAGUGAAGCAUUUCAAGGAAUGGUUUCCUUGGUUGAUUCCCUUCUUUGUCAUUGCCAAUGUUAUUGUGUUCAUCAUCACCAUGUAUGUCAAUGAUUGCUCCAAGACUUUGGCCACUUGCAUUGCCCCGUUCCUGGGUCGUUUUUCCUUUCAGCCUUUCAAUGAGAAUCCUCUUCUGGGGCCAUCAUUAAUAACGCUACGGAAAAUGGGGGCUCUGGAUGCGAACAAAGUGGUUCACAGACACCAGGGUUGGCGCCUCAUCACUUGCAUGUGGCUACAUGGUGGAGUAUUCCAUCUAGUGGCAAAUAUGUUUGGUCUUCUAGUGGUUGGAAUUCAGCUUGAGAAAGAAUUUGGGUUCGUGCUUAUUGGAUUGCUAUUUGUCAUUUCUGGAUUUGGGGGUAGCUUGCUUUCUGCUCUUUUCAUUGGGGAAAAAGUCUCUGUUGGUGCUUCUGGUGCUCUUUUUGGCUUACUAGGAGGCAUGCUUUCAGAACUCCUUACUAACUGGUCAUUGUAUGAAAAAAAGCUAGGAGCUCUCUUCACUUUUGUGUUUGUCAUUGCUAUCAAUCUAGCAGUGGGGGUUCUCCCACAUGUGGACAACUUUGCUCAUAUUGGAGGGUUUCUUUCAGGAUUUCUUCUUGGAUUUGUGUUCUUGAUCCGUCCCCAGUUUGGAUGGAUUAAGCAACGAAAUGCUCCUCAGCCAUAUUCUCCAACAUUAAUUAAACCAAAAUUCAACAAAUAUCAGUGCAUCUCCUGGAUCCUAGCCCUGAUCCUGUUAAUUGUUGGGUUUACCACUGGUCUGAUUGCACUUCUCCGUGGUAUUGAUGCAAAUGAUUACUGCUCCUGGUGCCAUUAUCUGUCUUGUGUUCCAACUUCAAGAUGGAACUGCAAUCCACCAAAAUCUUCAUCUUGUGUUGUGACAGAGCAGAUUGGCAACCAGCUGAACUUGAUAUGCUCAAGCAAUGGAAAAUCCAGUACAUAUUAUAUGCAAAAUCCGACCGAUCCCCAGAUCUAUGAAUUGUGUGCUCAACUUUGUACUUGAGUUUUGAUAAAUUCCUUCUGCUUUAUUAUAUGAUACAAAAGUCGUACAUUUUGUUUUAAUUAAUACAUUUGUUUAUAUCAUUUUGUGUAAGUACUAAGUAGUACCGAUUGAUUUGCUACUUAUUGUACUGCUAUAGGAAAAUGUUACUCAUACAGCUGAUUUGUAUUAUAAAAAAUUGGGUUCAAAACUUCAAAUUGCUUUGAUAUGGAAUCACUUGAUUAUUUUAUGAAGUUA